UGGAACUCCAGUAAGUAGUGAUGUUGUGGUUAUCCAUGCCGCCGAUACAUCUCUGAGUGUUAUCUGCUACGGAAGACCGCCUGGGAGAGCUCACCACGCAUGGAGUUGAGCUCGGAGCGUGUGGUGGCAACGCUGGAGAUGUCGCAGGUUACGAGCAAAGACGACGAGCCGUUUAAUAGCGACGGAGACUACGAGAGCUUGCCACCUCAUGUCUCAGUGACGACCCACAUGACAGCAGGAGCUGUGGCUGGCAUACUGGAGCACACGGUGAUGUACCCCGUGGACUCUGUCAAGACGAGGAUGCAGAGCCUGCAGCCGGAUCCAAAUGCACAGUACAGGAGCGUGUAUGAGGCUCUGAAAAGGAUCGUCCGGACAGAGGGGAUCUUCAGGCCGCUGAGGGGCCUCAACAUCACCAUGAUGGGAGCAGGGCCCGCCCAUGCGCUCUACUUCGCCUGCUACGAACGGGUUAAACGCUCACUAAGUGACGUCUUUCAGAGUGGAGGGAACAGCCAUUUAGCCAAUGGUGUGGCAGGUAGCGUGGCCACUGUUCUCCAUGAUGCCAUCAUGAAUCCAGCUGAAGUGGUAAAGCAGAGGAUGCAAAUGUACAACUCUCCAUAUCGGGGACUUUGGGAUUGUGUUCGAACAGUCACGCGCACCGAAGGUAUUGGAGCCUUCUACCGCAGCUACAGCACACAGCUGACCAUGAACAUCCCCUUCCAGGCCGUUCACUUCAUCACCUACGAACUGAUGCAGGAGCAGCUGAACCCCCACAGACAUUACCACCCGGGCAGCCACAUAGUGUCGGGAGCAGCUGCAGGAGCCGUUUCCGCCGCAAUAACCACUCCACUCGAUGUGUGUAAAACGCUGCUCAACACGCAGGAGAACGUAGCGCUCAACUCCGUGAACAUCAGCGGCCACCUAUCGGGAAUGGCCAACGCCUUCAGGACAGUGUACCGGGUCGGUGGUCUGCCGGCCUUCUUCAAAGGGGUCCAGGCUCGGGUUAUAUACCAGAUGCCCUCCACUGCCAUCGCCUGGUCAGUGUAUGAGUUCUUCAAGUACUUCCUGACAAAGCAGCAGCUGGAACAAGAGGCAGGACCUCGCCCGCUGUAAUGGAAACUACGUCAGAGCCACACAUACCUGGACUGACGGAAGAACGCUACAACCUUAAGGUGUGUGAGCUCAGUUUUUUUUUUUUUUUUCUUUCUUCCGUGUGCUGUUGAGGAAAUCACGCCAGUUAAUAUCUCACAAGGAAGUCACCAUGGCGGAGGUGUGGCACAGAAUGCCACUCCUCAUUGUUCAUUUUAUCAGCAUGUGUUUGUCACUUGGGAUGAUGUUGCGCAACCACGAUAUGCAACAGAGAUGACUAUGCUCUUAAAAGGACUGAUCCUUGUAGAAGAUUGUUAUAUUUUUCUUCCUCCACUCCACAAACACAUCAACCACAAGUUCUCCAGAAUCUCUUGUGUGUAGAUGUGCUGACCACAGGAAUAUGUUGUCUCAAACUAUGUUUGUAUUUCUUAAUAUUGGGACUUUUUAUUUAUUUUGUUAGCUCUCUGAAGCUUGUAUUUUAUGGAUGCGGAAGAAACACAGAGCUGUUUGUUUUAUUUCAUUGCGUGUUUAUAAAGAACUCUUACACCACAUUCUUUAUUCCACUCCUCUACAGAUGGGACAGUUGCACUUUCCAUGUGCCUCAUCAAUAUUAAACACUGCUUCACCUUUUUUUUUUUUUUUUUACCCUAUUUAGCUCUUCUGUUCUUCACAUAGGAAGUCUUUUAUAUUUCAUCUUUGUUUGGUCCAAGGUAUAUGAAAAAAGCACUCCGUUUUGUUGUAAGAUAGAAUCUUAAACAGGCUCUUUGUGUUAUAAUCACUCACACUGUGGUCUUUUUGUUUUUGUUUUUUCCCCAAUUGCUAUCUCUACACCAAGUGGUCGAGUGUCAAUCUACAUCAAAUAUCUUGUUUUUUUUUUUUUAAAUCUUUUUUUUAUUUUUUUAAUUAAAGAUGUGAUGUAACAUAUGCAUGUAUAUCCCUUUAAGACAGGAAUGUUUGCAUGCUUCUCCCUUUAGAGCUGUGAGCUUGCUUUAUAUGAUGCUAUUCGCCACGUCUUUGACAUAACGUAAACCUGCUCGUGUCACAUUCUGCUCUUAAGGGAGAAAAAUGAAAACAUCGCACCUGGUUUUAAAGAGAUCCACAUGUAUAUGUUGUAUCGUGUCUGAUUAGAUUAAGAACUAAACGUACAAUUUUUCCUCCUGAGAGACUCCGUUUCUCAGUGUUAAGGUGUGUAGGGCGUAACGGUCCAGUUAUUUGCCUUGCUGAAGCGCAGUACUACAAUGCUCCUGAAUCACGCACAAUAUUUGUCUAAUUUAAAGAAGCGUAGCUGUUGUAGAAAGAAGGCAGCUUGUUUGUAGGUAUUCCAAACAUGAAUAUAUAUUUUGACAGUGGCUAUUUCUGAGCAGCUCCAAGUGUGGCUCAGAUUAAGGCUGUUACUCGGGACGGUGGCAUCGUCUCAGCCUUCACGUGCAUUUGUACCAGUGUGAUGUUUAGCUUUGGAGUGGCCUGUUGUGUGAAUGUGUUUCAUGCUGACCUUGAAAAUGAAGGUUGUAGAUUGUAUAUAAAAUACAUAAUAUAUGUUUGGCUAAGACUUAACACGCAGACUCUGUGAUCCAAAACAUAACAUCUUUACUAUAGUUUUAUCUUGAAACUGAGUGAUAAUAUUGGGUAUAUUUUGUUACCAUGAGGCUUAUAAAAACUUGAUGAACUCGGCUGGUAAGCAGGCGAUGCUUUUUUAUUUUUUUUAAUCUUCACUCAUCCUGUUGUAGUUACACAUUUCCUGUGUGCUCACUGCUCUCUCCAGUCUAUUGUCUAUUUUGGAGUCAGUAGUCAUUUUGCCAGAUAUUGAUGUAAUCCCGAAAGCAGCCAGAUUUAUUUGUUUUUAAUUAUAGAAGGUUUUUUUUUUUUCCCCCUUUCUCUGGAAAACUUUGUCAGAUUCCAGCGGUCUCAGAAAGCCUUUUAGCAGCCAGACUCCUCACGCUUGUACAGUUGGGUAAAUAUUAAUAAACCAAAGACAUGCAUUCUAUUCUAUGCAUCCUACUUUUAAUCUGUAUGAUGCUACUCUUUGUGCCUGCCUGCUGUGAUUCCAUCUUUUCCCUCUAAAGUCCCCCCCCCCCCAGAGUAGUGUUAAAUUACCUAAUCACUUGAAUCCUUGAGAAUCUCUUGCAUAGUUCUAGAGGUCGAGAUGUUCUGCAUGUGUUUGGAGCUCAGUGGCGUCUUGGAAAAAAAAGCAGUGAAAAGUGGAAAUUGUACGUUACUAUGAAUGUCUCGGUAAGUUUUCAGUAUGUUUGGAAAAUCAUAUUGUGACUCAGUUAUUAGUGACUGAUUUGGUUAGUUUAGACGAUAUAAAGUAUUUAUAAUAAAUAUAGUUUCUCAUGCGUUAUGGAUUCCACAUGAUGGAUAACUUGAAGAUAAAAGGGCCUUAAUUAGCAUUGCUUUAUGCAGGUGUUUUAUUCUAAGCUAAUAAACCAGAUUGCGUGUGUGCACUGUAUUGGCUCCAGUUAGGAAACUCUACUCUGAUUUUAAUUUAAUCACGAUAAGCAAAAUUAAAAUGAAGCCAGUCAAAAGAGGUGUUUAAGUUAUUGCAUUCCUCCUGCAGUCAACACUGUGUGCCCUCCCCCUUCAUUCCUACGAAGGCAUUCAUUUAUAACAGUGAGUCUUUAUAGUCAUAUCAUAAUCACUAAAGUAGAGCUUCGAAUAGAAACUUACAUUUUAAAAUAGACAGGAGACUUGGUAUUCUGUGUCAGGAUUUCCAUAAUGUAAAUAUUUUUAUGCUAUUUACGCACAAAUGAUUGAAAUCGGAGGUGGGGUGAUUUUUUUUUUUUUGCAGAAUGCCAUCUCCGGAACAGGAAAGCUUGGAAGUUUGACUGUGCAAAUGUUAAAUGAUUGUGAUAAUGCUGCUACAGUAUGUAACACUGGAGCUGAAAUAAACAUGCAAGUGAGGAA